CUCUGGUUCCCUCCCUCUCUCCGCUUCCCUGCCAGUUCAGCUCCGGAUGCGGCUUGGCCAGCGCUCGGCAGGCACGUCUAAGCCGGGUUCUGCCCUUCUGCAGCUCCCCCUCUUUCUCCUCCAGCCGAUCGAGGCUUAGCUCGCUGCACCGUGUGAACAAGAUGGCGGGGUCGGUAGCAGAGAGGGACGCGGCGAAAAUAGAGGACAGACUUUUAAACAACUCCUUGGGAUCCCCAGUUCAAGCCGAAGUGUAUUUUCCACGACUGAUUGUCCCUUUCUGUGGACACAUCAAAGGAGGAAUGAGGCCAGGCAAGAAAGUCGUGGUAAUGGGCAUCGUGGAUCUCAACCCAGAGAGUUUUGACAUCAGUCUUACAUGUGGAGAUUCAGAAGACCCUCCUGCGGAUACAGCAAUCGAACUGAAAGCCAUAUUUUCAGAUAAACAGUUCCUCAGGAAUUCCUGCAUAUCUGGAGAUUGGGGUGAAGAACAGUCGUCUCUUCCAUAUUUCCCAUUUAUCCCUGACCAGCCUUUCAGGGUUGAAAUAUUGUGUGAACACCCUCGUUUUAGAAUAUUCGUGGAUGGACAUCAGCUUUUUGAUUUUUACCAUCGCAUUGAGAAGUUAUCAGCUAUUGAUACAAUAAAGAUAAAUGGAGACCUUCAGAUUACUAAACUUGGUUGACCUAGGUUUUUCAAAUUAUUAUUAAAAAAGAAAAAAAAAGAAAACCAAAAUUUUAGAUUCCAAAUUGGCUCGGGUUCUGUUAGCCUCUGUCUGAAGAAGCAAUGAGAAUUUCGUUUGGGACACCCAGAUACCAGACAGGGAUCAUUAUUGUCUUCUCAGCAACAAAAGACAUGUUGAUGAAUUGAACUAUUGUUUAUUUGAAUGAAGAAAGCACUUAAUGAUAAAUAGAUACUGAGCCCUCCUUCUUUUAUGGAACAAAAAGCCUACCCCUGCUGGAUAAUCACAUUAUAAUGGAUCUUGAAAGAGUUACUUCAUUGUCUAAACUGUAUAAGCUAUCCAUCUUCCCAAUAAGAAGGCAGGUUUGGAAAUCAACUGCUAAAUCGAUUACAACAGUGACUUUUCUUUUUGCAAAUCAUCAUCAUCAUCAUCAUCCUAAAUAACUUCUCCUGCACUUAAGGGGAUUAAUGUAAGUGUAACACCAAUCACAAAAUCAGGCCAAAUAUGGAAGCCAUUAUUCAACGCCUAUAGUUGGUUUUAUUCAAACCAAUAACAAAGGAUCCACAGAUGUUAACAGUGCAGUCUUGGCCGAAUACUGGGGCAGUGGUCUAGCACAUGCUUAUCUCCUUCAUCCCACAGAAUCAAGGGAAGACAGCACACCUAAUUACAGGAUUGUGACCACUUGAAUUGCCAAGGAAAAAGAGAAACUGAAUAAUGGCUUCUGAAUUUAGCCUGCAUAUUUUAGUCAGGGUAUGUGUAUAGAAUGUAGGUCAUUACAUGUUUUGCACAAUGUAAUAUUAAUACAAUCUUUUAAGAGCUUUCCUCUAGUUUAUUUAUUGGUACUCAUUGUGUUAAUGUAUUAACAGAAAAAAAAAUCAAACAAUAUUAUUGAAGCUUUAGAGGGGUAAAGUAUAAGCAUUCUCAAGAUACCAUGUUAUAGUAACAUAUCAUUUUGGAAAUACCUGCUGUUUUAUCUUAAGGUGGUUGGGGAUAUUUUUGUGGUGCCCUCACAAUGUCACAAAAGAUUAUUGUCAUGUUUUCACCAGAAAUUGCUUUCAGUAUGUUGUAAUUUUGCUGUAAAUGGUACUCAGAAUUCACUCCUUCCCUCAGCUAAUAAGGAUUUCUAAUUUGAUUGGGAUAUGCAUACACUGCAGUCCUGUUAUACUCAUUAUCCAGGAGUAAGCCCCCUUCUGGGCAAUGAAAUUGAUUUCUAAGUAAACAUUAUAAGAAAGCACUGUUUGAGUUUGAGAAUACCAUGCAUUUUUUGCAAAUCAAUGCCCUUGGUGGCUGCUGUCCUGGUUGAGGAAGAGGAUGAAAUUCUCAGCUCAUCUAAGGACAAAAAAUUAGCCCUUAUAAAUGGCCCAAUUUAUAAUUUAAUCUAAUUUUCCUAAUAAAGGAAUAUUGGAUGUUCACAAAUAGUCUUCAUUGAAGAGCAUAACUGUGUUAUUAUGAUUAUACUACAGAAUGAGUGAAUGAACACAGUGAUUCUCCCCCCUCCUCCCUUUGGUACUUUAGUAAUCAGUGCAAUUUACACACAUGGGACCAUAAACACAGUGAACAACAAAGGUUUAUUUGAGUGUUACAGUGUGAAGAAAAAGGUGUAUUUGCAUUAUUUUUAGAAUUUGUAUUAUAGGGACUUUUAAAGACAUUUAUUAUGGAGACUUUUGUAGUAUAACUUUUUUUAAAGGCAAAAAAAGGAACAAAAUAAUUUAUGCUUGAAUCAUAAAGAAGGUCUGUUUCCAUCAAUCAGAGCAAGAAUCUUCUUAUUUAAGAUUAUCUACAAUAGCUUUAUUGUGCAUCAACUCAUCCUAUCUGAUCUUUGAGUUCACGUCUAUAACACAGUUAAUGAAGUGGAGGCAUUAAUUUGUCUCUCUGUCUAGAAGUCUGUAGAAUAAACAUGGCUUCCAUUAUUGAUCCCAGAAAGAAUCAUUAGUUGUGUGCACUCCCUCUAUGUUGGGAUAUAGUGAUAUGGUGUGUUGCAGAAGGGAUCCGACCUAAAUGGUUUGAAGUUUAAGAAAAACUGGAACUGCAUCCUCCCCCCCUCCCCAGUCUAUUUGCAUGGUCCUCUAAAAGGAGUAGCAGAACUUUUUGGCACUCUGGCACAAAAUCGCUAUAGCUGAUGAAAAAUUGCUUGAGAAAGUGGGGAACAGUUGCUGCCUUGUCUUUAAGAGGUGGAAAAGGAUUCCAAAAGAUUCCUUCAGGAUUUGCUGCAGCCAAAGGAAGUACCACAAAGUAACUAAAGCCACGGGUCUUCACCAAUUUACCUCCUAGUAAUUUUGCUUAAUAUCAGUGAAAUUGUUGUUGUUAAAAUGUGUUGUGAAACACACUAAAAUUCAUUCAUUGAUGGAUGUAGGAUUUAUUUCUACAAAAAAUAUACUUAGCAGUCAUGCCAUAAGGCUACCUUAAGCAUAUUUAUUUAGGACAGGCCAAUUAGACAUGAAAGUAAUUCCCAAAUAAUCAUAAAUAGAAGCAGAAUAGGACAUGUUUCAGUCUUAAGAAUAGAGGUGAUUGUUUUCAUUGAAAGUGGUGGGAAAGAGGGGCCACUCCUGACAAAUUCUAGCUAGGAUUGGAAAACAUGUUAAAGCCACAAUAUUUGGUAUUCUUAAACAUUAAACCUAUUUAUUUAGACAAAGAACAUACAAUAUUGUUAAAAUAGCAUAUUACUUCUGAAUUAAUAUAAUAAUUUGCAAAAAUCUGCAUAUUCUUGGGUAAUUCAUCCAUUGCAUGCUUCUUUAAACAAAUAUUGCACAUCGGGGUGAAAACCAUACCACGAGAUGAGUGGCAUAUAAAUUUGAUAAAUGACUGAAGUUGGACUCAAGCUACUAUCGAGUCCAGUAACAUGAUGAACAGCCCAGUCUGCAAACUGGUUUACGUCAGAAUUCCUGAAGCUGCGUGAAACUAAUCACAGUUUUAAGUAUGCAAAUUUUCACUUUGAAAUAAAUGAUCGGAUCAUACACUAGAAUCCCACUUCUCUAUAUAGAUUUUUCAGAAAUUUUCACAUUCUACUUUCCUAUGCUAGGUAUGCUUUUAUUUCUGUCUCUGCUAGUUAUUGUUGGUUAUUUGUCCCUCAAAAGUCCAUCUAUGAAAAUAAUUGACAUCCCAAGUUUUUGAAAGAUUGUUUUGCCACCAUAGUUAGCCCUUUGAAGAUUCAUUAAAUACAGCUACACCGAAAUGUGCUACUGGAAGAAGUUUAACUUUGAAUACCCUGGUUUACCCUUAUUCCAAAGUAAUAUCAAUGCCCUCAAUUGACCUUUCCAAAUUUUCUUUGAUGAGUUAUUUGGGGAGGUGUAAUCUGACACAUUGGGGGGACUAAGUUGGGAAAGACUAAUUACUUUUCAGGUUACAGUUUCCACUACUGCUUCCCAGUAACUUCUUUUGAGUCAAUUUAUGUGUCAUGUUCUCUUUG